UAGAGGAGGAGGCGGGAUUGUACGAAUACGGGUGUUUGAACAACGGGAACAUGUUUACACUCAUGCGAAGAUGUCUGAAGAAGUGCUGGAUGAAAUAUCUGUGUUGUCUUCAAUUUACUGUGAAAAAGACGAAUUUCAGUUGAUUGAGAAAUCUGCGCAAACAGGACUUGUGUACCGCAUCUGCACUGCGAUAGACACUGACAGCGGGAGAAAAACCCUGAACCUCACUUUCCAUCUCCCUCCUUUAUACCCCCAAACCCCUCCUGAUAUCAGCAUCACAUCUGGUGAUUUCUCAAGGAACCUCUGCCAGGAGCUGAAGAAUGCGAUGCUCAGGAAAGCUCACACGCUUCCACCUGAACCCAUGGUUCACCAGCUAGUGACGUGGCUUCAGCACAAUAUCACCGACCUGAUUACAACCACAAACAGCCCAGGAGAUGAGACCAGUAAAGCACAGGACAUGUGGAUGGCGUUGCUGCAUUUAGAUCAUAUGCGGUCUAAAGCUAAAUAUAUCAAACUGAUUGAAAAGUGGACCUCAGAGCUGGGUUUAAUGGGGAGACUGUUUGUGGGAAGGCCGAUUUUAAUUUUGCUGCAAGGAACAAAGGAAAGCAUUAAGGAAUAUAUCCACCUUCAGAGGAAGGUGAAAGUCGACGUGGACUCGUCAGGCAAGCGCUGCAAAGAGAAGAUGAUGAGGGUUUUAUGUGAAGUGCCCCUUACCGAGGAUUUUAAAAGGAUAUCAACGUUUGAGGUUAAAGAAGACUUGUCUUUAGAGGACCUGAGAAGGGAGUUUGAUUUGGUUGGAUCAAUGAAGCUUUAUCAAGAAUUUCUUCCCACUUUACAAUAAAUGAUUGAUAAAUUAUUGACUCUUUUUAUACACGAAUUACUACUAAGGGAGUCCUUGAGUAAAACCCGAGCAGUGACUGAACACCUGGGACUGUAAAUUCACACACAGUCGGUUAUAAGAUCACUUUUUAAUCAGUUCAGUUGUGGUCAAGGUUGAGCAGCAGGUAGAUGAGCUGUCUCAGGGUCUCCUGAGCUUGCCUUAUUGUCUGUGGAGGAGUGUUUAAGGCUUAAGGCUUAAAGGCUUAAGGCUUUUCAUUCUGAUCAGAAGGAUAUGAGUUUAAAUCCCAAGCCACCAUGGAUGGGUUCUUGAACUUUAGCAGUACGAACUAGUGUAAAUGUGUCUGCUUGGAUUUCCCUGGGGAUCUUUGUUUUCCUGCCUCCUAACCGCCGUCCCAUCCAGGAUGUAUACUCAUCUCAUUUCUGGUGUGUUCCCAGGAUAGGCUUCAAAUCACCCUGAUCACGAGUUACUGACGAUUUUAAUGGAUGAUUCUAUAGCAAAAUGUUUUUCAAUAUCAUUCUUUCAUAAACUGUAUAAAUGUAUAAAGAAAGAUUUAUCUCACUUGGAAAAAAGAUGUCUAUAAAUAUUGGCAACUGAUGAAAUAAUAAUAAAAAAAAGAUUUUACUUUAUACCAAACAACCUUUUUUUUUUUUCAUGUUCAUAUUAUCCUGUUCUUCUGAAUCUAUUCAUCUUCCACUUUUCAGUAUGUUUAAAUACAGACAUCUCUUUGUGGGUUAAAUUAGAUUUGAAAUCCAUUUUGUUCCAGUUUGUAAAUCCUUAUCCUCAAAUCCGUAUUAAAGAUGUUUAAUUAAAAUCACCUUAUUGCCCUUUUACCAUCAUAACUUCCGAACAAUAAAUUCACCUUACAUGCUCCUCUCCA